UUCUUGCAACAUACCAUGGCUAACACUUUGUGGUCAGAUAAAGUUCUUCAGCUCCUGCAGCGAAUGAAUAACUUUUAUUUGCCAGGUUCUUGCCGUGCAAAUUGUCUUCGUUUUGAGGUUGACGGAAUCAGAGUUGGUUGGAUUGUGCCGCACGUAGCCUCGCUGUUGGCUCGCUCCACAGAUGUGUUCAAACAACCACACGGUGGCGCGCUGUCACUGCGCGACGACCUCGACACGUACGACAAAAAGUCCCAGGCUGUGGACGCGGUUUUGUCGAACCUUCGAUGUGAUCCCUCAUUGCGCUGCCUAAAAGGCUGGAGAGAUGAGAGAUACAGUGUCAUGGACAAAUUCUCAGACCCUCCGGUGAUGUGGAUGGAAAGAGCAGCAACUAGCCUUUUUGGAGUGAAGCGCUACGGAGUCCAUAUUAACGGUUACACUGUUAGUGAGAGCGGCGAAGUCUGCAUGUGGCUAGCGCGUCGGUCCCCCACCAAACAGACCUAUCCUGGACUACUGGACAACAUGGCCGCAGGCGGUCUGGCUGCUGGCAUGAACAUCAAACACACGCUACUGAAAGAAUGUCAGGAAGAGGCAUGUAUCCCAGAAGCGCUUGCAGAAAGGGCUCAACCUGUAUCUACAGUAAGCUACACCUAUGAAGAUGGAGAGGGUGUGUUUGCCGAAAGUCAGUUUGUAUUUGAUUUGGAACUUCCUCCUGCCUUCAAGCCCAAAGUAGGAGAUGGAGAAGUUCAGGAAUUCUACCUCCUACCCAUAGAAAAGGUAAAGGAACUAAUAGCCACAGAAGAUUUCAAACCCAACUGUGCAAUGGUGGUCUUAGACUUUCUUAUUAGACAUUCUUUUAUUGAGCCUGACAGAGAACCUUUUUACCAGGAGUUUUUGUCUGGGCUUCAUCAAACGUUAUAGAAUUACUGUAAAUCCAUCAUUUGAGGCAGAACUCACUGUACGUUUAUCAAGGCACAGAAAAGCCCUAAUAUUUAAUUAGUUGUUUAUUGUAAUGUGUGUUGGAAUAAAUAGUUGCAUUACUGAUGGUGUAAUUUGUCUUUAGAGUUGCAACAUCUUAUGUUGGCAGCGGUUUAAAAAGGAUGCAACACUUUCAUCAUGUGCAUUCCAGUGGAAUCUUUAGUAAAUUGGGGGGAAGAAAAACUGGAUUUAAAUUUUUCUGAUGUUAAAUAAUAGAGAAAACAUCAACAAAAAAAGUGGCCACCCAGCAUGGGGGCAGACAUUUUAUUGGCGUGUAUGUGUGCGGGUAUAACUGAAGUCACAAAAUGACUCCGCUUGUAAGUGGUGUAAUUUUUUUAUUUUCUCCCAUUUUCAGAGGUCUAAGAAAUUCCCUCUUUUCAUACUUAAAUACAUAAAGCAACCAUAAUGAAGGUGAUUUGUAAUAGGUGUUGUAUUUUCCUUUCAAGAAAGACCAUGUUUGGCUUUAACCAACCAAACAUAAAAGAGCCACAUGUAACUAUACUGUAGUACAGUACAUGUAUAGUUAAGCACAUUUUCUUAUACUAUUAGAUUUAAAAUUUUGCUUUGUACUAAAUUUCUAUCUACCCAAUAUCUUUAAAGUGUUCCAUACAAUCAGUGUAAGGACAAACAUUUCAGGCUUCUGCUAAAAAGAGGAAAAUUUAUCACAACUGAAUACAUAAAAAUUCAGAAUUGUUAGAAAAUAAGGCGACAAAGACAUAAACAUGUGCAUUUAAUUCUACUCAAAUUUUGCCACAUUAGUGACUGCAUUUAAGGCAGACAAAAGCACAGGAUGGAGUGUUCAGUUUGAUAACUGUAUUUGAAGCACUUGAAGAAAAAGGCUGUUCACACUUGUGUUGGAUAAACAAUUUCAAGAAACAAUAUUUUCAUUUCAACUGUUUAAAUAUUGAACAACCGCAGUGGGUGAAGAUAUAUUAGUUACACAUCCUAGUUUUAAAAAAGCCAGGAUUUCAAUAAAAAUAUGAGUCCAAAAUCAAUUUAUGACAAAAGAUGACCCAAACCUGUCAAGGCACUUGAACAAAUACAAUGGUAUCUGCUAGUGUUGUAACACUCGAGACCGCAUUUGAAGGUCCUGGUCUCGUCUCGAUUUCGACUCCCAAAAGUCUUGGUCUUGUCCCGGACUGGCCGGACUCUGGGUUUUUAACGUCAUAAUCAAUAAAAAGCACUUGGUAAUACUACAAAAACCUUCAAUUUCAGCCCCAACUUCCCAGUAAUGAUUGCAAUUAUCUUUGCAGUAUUGUGACAGAGGCACACAAGCAGAAGUGAAAGUUGAGGUAAAUAUAAAAACAAGAGCCUUAAAAUGCAGCCCUCAAUUUAACACAUUAAGAAAAAAAGAAAAAAAAUUCACAGAAAAUUGACAGGAUUAUUGUAAUUUCAAUUCUAUUCUUUAAAUCUUUAAUUUUGUAAUUUACUUAUUCCCCUAAGAAUUCAGCUUAAAGUCUAACUAUCAUACUUUUUCACCCUAAUAAAUCUAAACAUAUUGUACUGUCGACUAAGACAAAUGGUCCAGUAAGUUGGUUUGUCCCUCUUUCAAAAAGAAAAGGUUUUUUUGCUUUUGUGGUGUAAUAGUUGAAGACACUGUUGGCUGUCAUAUACAGUUAGGGAAAAUUAAAACCAAAGAGAGAACACAAUUAUUUCAACCUCGUCUUCGUUUUUAAAAGUGAUAUUUAGCUCACCCCAGUCCAAAGUCUUGGUCUCAGAAAAGUCCUGAUCAUAGUCUGGU